UUCUUCUUCUAAGAUUACUUUUUGGAAAAAAAGAAGUUAUUUUGGUAAUUAGAAUUAACGAUUUUCUUUGUCAAUUCAAUUGUGUAUGUUCAAAGCUGACAAUUAGAGUUGUGUAUGUUAGUUAGGGAACACUUAGGGAGAAAAAGGCUUUUAAUGCACAUAAAUUUGGUUCUUUGAAUUUCUUAGAGUUUUGAAAAUGGGGUCGAAGCGGUCGAGAAAAGCACAAGACAGCGACAGUGAUUUCGAAGAUUACGACGAUGAUGGCAUGGAUAACGACAAUCUAAGUCAUGAAGAAGAAGACGAUGAAGAUGAAGGAGAAGAAGUUGAAGAGGAAGAGGGAGGUAGCGGAGGAGACGCGGAGAUCGAAGAGCUUGAGCAAGAGUAUAAGGGUCUUCAGCGGCAGGAGAUAGAUAUUUUAAAGGAUUUGAAGCGUCAUAAAGAUGAAGAUGUUCUUAAGGGUCAGGCUGUGAAAAACCAAAAGGUUAUCUGGGACAAAUCUCUGGAGUUCAGAUUCUUACUUCAGAAAGCAUUCUCAAGUUCAAAUAGACUACCCCAGGGUCCAGUUAGGUCUUCAUUCUGUGAUUCAGAUGAGGGUGUGAAUGCAGCAUAUUCAGACCUGAUCACCUCAUCUAAGAAGACUUUAGAUUCUCUAUUGGGACUACAAGAGGCUUUGCUCGAGAAGAAUCCUUCUAUUGCUCAAUCCACUGAUGGUAAUUCUGGAAACUCAUCCCAGCAUUCAGAAGCUUCUAAGAACUCAAACGUUGAAGGAGAUGAAGAUUGGUCAGGGGUUUCUCAAAUGCAUAUGAGAAUAGCUUCCUUCAGAGACAAAUCAAUAGAUAAAUGGCAGAGGAAGACACAGGUGACAACUGGUGCUGCUGCUAUUAAAGGCAAGUUGCAAGCUUUUAAUCAGAAUAUUAGUCAGCAAGUUGCUGCUUAUAUGAGAGAUCCAAGUAGAAUGGUCAAGCAGAUGCAAGUGAGGAGAUCAACAGUUGGCAUAUUUGGGAGUGGUCUUGAGGGGGAGGGUAAUGCUGGGGGAGAGGAAGUACAAGCUGAUGGUGACCCUGAACUUUUUGAUGACUCCGAAUUUUACCAGCAAUUACUGAAGGAAUUCUUUGAGACGAUUGACCCAGCAUCUUCUGAAACGGCGUUUUAUGCUUUGAAAAGAUUGCAAACUAAAAAGAGAAAGAUAGUCGAUCGGCGUGCAUCGAAGAGUCGCAAGAUAAGGUAUCAAGUUCAUGAAAAGAUUGUCAAUUUCAUGGCUCCUCGGCCGAGUGAGCUUCCUCCUAUGGCUCCUAAAUUAUUUGAGAAUUUGUUUGGGUUAAAGACCCAAAGACCAGCUUCUGUAUCCUAGUACUCGUGCAAAGUUGAGCAAGCCACAAGGUCUUAUCAAGUCGCAGGCUUUGCAAUUUUGUAAUAUUAGUUGACAUAAUUGUUUGUUUUUAUAUUGUUGACUUGACGCUUGAUAUAUGUGAUAUCAAUGGUUUCCAUUUUUUUUU